AUGACGCUGACACUUCCCUGCCUUGAGUGCCAGGUGAAUCUCUCCAAAUGCUUUUCACGAGUGGACCACGGUGUUUCCAAGGAUGGAGAUGUGAUGCUCGCUGCCUUCUUCCCCAUCUGUUUAUAUUACAUCUUCACGAGUGCAAUCGAUUCUGAAGAGACUCCCCUAUUCAGAAGGAUUCCAUCCAAGAGUAUCCAGCACAUGUUGGCUCUGGUGUUUGCUGUCGAGGAGAUCAACAGGAAUCCCCACCUCCUGCCCAACCUCACUCUAGGAUUUGAUCUCUACAAUGCCAUGCACAAUGAUAUGAGGAUACUGAAGAAUCCACUCAGGUGGCUGACAGGGCUGGACAGAGGCAUCCCUAACUACACGUGCAGAAGAGGGGCCGAGGCUGUGGCGGUCAUAUCUGAGACUGGAGUUUCAGUGCAAAUGGGAACGCUGCUGGAACUGUACAGGAUCCCACAGCUCACAGUUGGCCUUUUCGACCCUCUUCUGAGCGACGGCAGCCAGUUUCCCUCCGUCUACCAGAUGGUCCCAAAGGAAACUUCUCUGGCCCUCGCUAUGGUCUCCCUGAUGCUGCACUUUGGCUGGACGUGGGUGGGCUUGGCCAUCUCAGAGCACCAGGAAGGUAUGUCGUUUAUGUCUGAUCUGAGAGGACAGAUGCAGGAGCAUGGCCUCUGCCUAGCCUUUGUGGAACUGAUCCCAGUGGAGCAGAAUUAUCAAUCUGCAUUAGAUUUUGCACCUGUAUUUCGCAUCAUGGCAUCAGCAGCUAAUGUGGUUGUUCUAUUCGGUGACUCGACAUCAUUUAGGAGCCUGAACUUUUACCUGGGAUACUCUCAGAUCACGGGGAAAGUCUGGGUCACGACUUCCCACUUGGAAUUUACCAACACUGUACAACACUCACUGAUGAACACCUUCCAUGGGACCCUCAUCUUCUCUCACCACCACAGCGAGAUCUCAAGUUUCCAAACCUUCUUACAAACAGCAACCCCUGCCAAGUACCCAGAAAACAUUUUCCUUGCCCUGUUCUGGUCUCUGGCCUUCAAUUGCUCCAUUUCCCAAGCUGACUGCAGGACACUUCAGGGCUGUCCCCCAGAUGCCUCUCUGGAACGGCUGCCCUGGAACCUUUUUGACAUGACAAUGAGUGAUGGGAGCUACUACAUAUAUAAUGCGGUACAUGCUGUGGCCCACUCUUUGCACAAGAUACUUCAGCACAAGUCAGAAGCACAGCCACCAGGGACUGGUGGGAAGGGGACGAUUCCCCGCUGGCAGGAAACGCACUCCAUUCUCAAGAGCCUCCAAUUCACCAAUCCUGCUGGCGACCCUGUCAAUUUGGACAAGAAAAAAGAGUUGGCUGCAGCCUAUGACAUCCUCAACUUCCAGAAUUUCCCUAAAGGUCGUGGCCAUAAGGUGAAAGUGGGACACUUCUCCCCCUACGAUCCAGCAGGCCAACACGUGUCUCUCUCUGAGGAGUUGAUAGAGUGGGCCACAGGGCUCACACAGACCCCACGCUCGGUGUGCAGCCCCAGCUGUGGCCCUGGGUUCAGCAGGACCACCCGGGAGGGAGAGCCCACCUGCUGUUUUGACUGCACCCGCUGUCCAGACAAUGGGAUUGCCAAUGCGACCGAUAUGGACCAGUGUGUGACAUGUCCUGAUAACCAGUAUGCCAAUGCAGAGCAUGACCGAUGCCUGGACAAGAAAGUGACCUUCCUGGCUUUCAACGAUCUCCUGGGGAUGGCCCUGGCCUGCAUGGCUCUGUCCCUCUCCGUCCUCACAGCUGCUACCCUUGGGGUCUUUGUGAAGCACCAAGACACACCCAUUGUCAAAGCCAAUAACCACAACCUCAGCUACAUGCUGCUCAUCUCACUCCUCCUCUGCUUCCUCUGCUCCUUCCUCUUCAUUGGCCGUCCCAACACAGCCACCUGCCUCCUAAGACAAGUCACAUUUGCCCUCGUGUUCACACUGGCUGUUUCUGCCGUGCUGGCCAAAACCAUCACUGUGGUCCUGGCCUUCAAGGCCAUGAAACCUGGAAGGACCAUGAGGCGAUUGCUGGUGUCAGGAGCCCCAAACGCUGUCAUUCCCAUCUGCGUCCUCAUCCAACUGACUCUCUGUGGCAUCUGGCUGGGAGUCUCUCCUCCCUUUGUGGACACAGAUGCACACUCUGAGCAUGGACACAUCAUCCUCUUGUGCAACGAGGGCUCCAUCACUGCCUUCUACUGUGUGCUGGGCUUCCUGGGCUCGUUGGCCCUGGGCACCUUCACUGUGGCUUUCCUUGCCAGGAAGCUGCCUGACACGUUCAAUGAAGCCAAGUUCCUGACGUUCAGCAUGCUGGUGUUCUGCAGUGUGUGGGUGACCUUCCUGCCUGUGUACCAGAGCACCAAGGGGAAGGUCAUGGUGGCCGUGGAGGUCUUCUCCAUCUUGGCCUCUGGUAUGGGUCUCCUGGGCUGCAUCUUUGUCCCCAAAUGCUGUAUCAUUCUCCUAAAGCCAGAGGAGAACUCUCUGAGAAGAUUCAGGAAUACUCGUGGUAAGAGCAUCUCCAAGGGCUCUCUCAGAUUUUAG